ACUGUAGUCAAGCUGGUCCAUUUGAUUUUCCUUUUCCUUCGCUUAGAAAUUCAGUUUUUAUUAAAAUCUAGAUAAAUAUGCCUCACUUCAGGAUCGAAACAAAUGUAUCAAGAAGCCAAAUUCCCGCUAAUUUUGUGCAAAAAGCUGUGCCGGUGUUGGCCAAAGCGCUUGGGAAACCCGAGCAGUACUGUGUAGUUUCCAUCAUACCAGACGUGCAAAUGAGUUUUGGCGGGUCCACCGAGCCUUGUGCGAUUGCAAACCUCAUGUCGAUUGGGGCGCUUGGCGUUGAACAGAACAAGAAACAUGCUAAAGUACUAUUUGAACUGGUGGAACAGGAAUUAGGAGUUAAGAGUGACAGGAUGUACAUCACAUUCCAAGACAACCCAUCAGGGAAUGUUGGAUUCAAAGGAACCACCUUCCAUGCCAUACUGGGACAAUAAAUAAGAUUUCGACACAUUCUUAUCUGGGAGAUAAGCUUGGACUUAGUGACCUGUAUAAUAAAGGC